AUGUCUGGUCCACCCCCCGUGCCUUCGAAGGCAGCAAUUCAUGCGCUCCGGGGCCUUCUUUUUGGAACAUCAUGCUCGCUUGUACUACUAGCAGAGGAACGCCGUCAACGCAUCAAGAUUGCCCGAUCCGCCGUCGAGAAUGGAAGAAGACUGAAGUCCUUGAAGCGAUACAGCUCCAGUGGCGGCGCCGCCCUCGAGGCACUCCACGAAGAGGUUCGUACAGAUCCUAACUUCGUGGGCUGGUCCAAUCGGUCACGGAGCAGAUCCUCCUCCCAGGAACACAGGCAUCUCUCCGGCGAUAGUACCUACUUGGAUUAUGUGGCGCAUGAUCUUGGGCCCGACCCGCGGCGCCCAACAAGACAAACGAGAGAAGCGAAAGGACGAGAUGCAUCAGAACCGUCGUUGGAGAAAGCAAGCGUACCGACCCGGCACCGACGAUCCGCCUCCGAUGCCGCAAAGGAAACAAGCAAGGAUUCCUCUUGGUCUCGGUUUUCACGGCCGGAUGUCAUGAAACACUCUGUGCCUGCUGUUGGCGAAGUUGCAAAAACGCGCGCCUACGUCAGCACGCCGAACAAAAACGCCAUUGCCAGCAUUAUCAAUGCCUUCUGGAAAGACAACCCUCUUUUCCGAGAACCAGAAGACUUGCAUCACAGCUUUACACCCGAUGUGGAACAAUACACCCCGGCCGCCGCUUUGGGUAUUGUUCGCCGAGCAUAUAAUUCGACCUCUAGUUCUAGAGAGCUCCCUGACUGGCUCAUCAAACUGUCUUCGACUCUUUGUAUUGCAUGCCAGCAAGAAGGUCACUAUGAUGUCGCAGGGCAGAUUCUGAAGGUUAUUGUCAGCCAUGGACCGCUAAGCUUGGGAGACUACCUGGCCCAUCAACCACAAAAUCUUAUAGCUAGUCUGAUGUCUAAAGACCAAACGUCAAGAAUCGAAUCCCCUUCAGCUCUGACAGAAUAUGUCACCGAAGUAACAGAGUUGUAUGUGGCCGACAUCGUCGAUAUCGAAUGGGCGCCUUAUCGGGUGCAACAAGAAUACAUCGGAACUGGCAAAGAUCUCAUUUGUAGUGCUCUCAGCUUGCUCCGAGGCAAACUUACCAUGGGUGUCUGGGGGAGAGUCUACUAUAUGUCAAGAAAGAAACUCCCCGAUACACUAUGGUUUCUCCGUCAACUCGAAUUAUAUCGCGAACCAACGCUGGGCCUCGACACAUUUCUCACAUUCUACGCAAAAAACAAUCCACGUGGAUCUUCAAAAGAGCUAAGUGAGCUCGCAGUUAAUUGGGUCUUGAGAUCAAGAGGUUACUCGGCCUUGGGAUUCUUGGACGUCAUGAACCAGUUCAGACAGAUGGAGGAAUGGAAGGCGCCUGCUCAAUGGGUGGAAAAUGUGUUGUGGUGCAGUUGGACAUCCUCUCUUGGUUAUGAAAUUGCACAGAAACUCAUCAGUCAUGUGCUGGAGAACGAUUUCUACGACGUUGAUGACAGCUACGCCAUUCGGCGCACCAUAGUGCGAAUUUGUCUUGAGGCAAAUGACAUGGUCUCGGCGCAAUCCAAUUUUGAAGAGCUUUGUUCUCACUAUCCGGUUGCACGAAACGACGUCGAGCUUCGAGGCGCAUUCGCCAACCGCAAGGCUGACCUCGGGGACUGGGAUGGGGUUCGAGCCGACUUCGAGGCAUUGAAGGCGAUGCAACCCUUUCCCGAGGACCAGCGGUUACGGUUCAACAGCAUUUUCGUGAAAGUUCUGCAGACUUACUCAAAAAGUCAUACGUGGGGGGAGACCGAGACGUUUCUGGCGACUUAUGUCCAGGAACUAGGGGUGGUCCUCGACCGCUUUCUGGUCACAUUUAUCGCCGACAGGCAUGGUAAAUGCCAUGAUAUUAAGGCAAUGGCCCGGUGGCUGAAAUUUUGCAAGGAAGCUGGAUUCCAUACGGAUGUGCGCUUUUGGACAACCGUCUUGAACAGUUGCAAGCGGGAUUGGGCUUAUACAGAUCAGGAUAUGGAGACGUUGUACAACGCACUCAUUUUGGCCGGUGUCCAGUAUGAGUUCCCCUCCAUUGACAGGUCAUUCACACAACUCAUCGAGGCGAAGUCGGAGGCCACUCUCAGACGCGUCCAGUUACGAGGUCACCGGUUCAGCCCUGCAGACGAGCGCAAGACCUUCGGCCGUAUGCUCCUGGAAGCUCAACAUGAGAACUGGUCCGUCGUACAGUCCAUCUACAACCGCGCCGUGCACAAUCAGAUGGGCUUCUCAGGCCGCUGCCUCCGACUCAUGAUGUACGCUUGCGUCAAAAUCAACGGGCCGUUCUGCAAAAAGGCAAAGGGCCUGCUGGCCAAGGCCCACUCAGAAGGUCACGACGUAGGCUCCGCCGUCGUCCCCGUCGUCGAAGCAAAGUUCGACGACGUCAAGAGGUACCAACAGAAUGCGGCAACGACGGUGGAAGGACGUGGCCGGCCAUUCCCCGCCAUCAAGAGAAUCGUGUACGACCUACGUGACGAAGGCAUCCGCAUUGAUGACAAAGUCUUCACCCGCGCCGUCGACCUCUGUUGCUCCCUACGCAACUAUCGGGAGGCUAUCUUUGUUUGCGUCUUGGCCGCCGAGACCAAUGGCAAAGGGGACGUUUGCUACAACCUUAACAACUUUAAGAGAUUGGUGCGGAUCUACACGGCCCGCCACGAGUAUGACAAGGUACGCUGGUUGGUUUCCCAACUCCGAGAGCGCGAAUACCGCUUCCGUAGGCCCUGCAUACGUGCUCUUGAUCAGACCAUCUUCUAUCUGCAGCGUGCCUCAGAGGCCAUGAAGGAUGAGGAGCUUCGCCAAUCGGACCGGGAGACGCUUGCCUUUGUCAGACAAGUGCGAGAUGAGGUUGCAAAGGAGAACAUCAUCGUCCAUGCCGAAAGGAAAGAAAUGAUUCUCGAGUCCCUCACAGGGGGCAGACCGAAGACUGCUGUUCCCUACUUCAAAGCUAGAUUCAACGACUCUGCCGUGCCAUCUCUUGAUAAUGAACAGGCCAUGGAUAUGUUAAGGGAAGAGGAGAUGCAAUCCAUGAGAAGCUUGUACUAA